CAACUUUUGGCGGGUGCUGCUGCUUCUAUUUUUUCUUGCAUGCAUUUAUUCAAAUAGAGAAGAGGCAGAGUGCUUGAGACUUGAGACUUGAGACCUGGGUACUAGUGUUGGGACUCGAAUAGACUAGGAGUAUUUGAUAGAGAUAGAAAAGAUGGCUUCGUUUGGGGAGACUGAGCCUCCAGCAGCAGGCAUAGUAAUACCAGAAGAAUGGUCCAAUGCAGCACACACCAUUGCUUAUGAUUCCAUCAGCUGUUCUCCCCCUAUUGCCUUGGUUUGUGGCCCCAAAAACAGCGGCAAGACUACUUUCUCCCGCCACCUUCUCAACGUUCUCCUCCAAGGAUACAAAAAGGUGGCUUAUCUGGAUACUGAUGUUGGGCAGACAGAGUUUACUCCUCCUGGUCUUCUAUCGCUAACUGUCAUUGACAAGUUAUUGGUGGAUUCUCUUUCAUGGCCAGAUUUGACCAUCCCAUGCCUAAAGACGCCUGAGAGAUGCUUUUUCUUUGGUGACAUAUCCUCAAAAAGGGAUCCAACAACUUACUUGACAUACAUAUUCGCCUUAUAUGACCACUAUCGCAAAGAAUACUGCAUGUUUGAUAAGAUAGAACGUCAUCACGCUGGGGUGCCGCUGGUCAUUAACACUCCAGGAUGGGUGAAAGGUAUUGGUUAUGACAUCCUUGUUGACAUGCUUAAAUACAUAUCUCCUACACAUGUGGUAAAGAUUUGCAUAUCGACCAAGAGUAAGAAUCUACCGGUUGGAGUGUUUUGGUUAGAUGAGGAUGAUUCUACAUCAACUACCAUAAUUGAGGUCAAUUCAGCUCGUCAGGACUCUUUCAAGAGAUCGGUUCUGGUGCAGAAGGAUGCUCGCCUUAUGCGAGACUUACGUGUGAUGGCAUAUUUCAGACAGUGCUUUCCCAGUCAAUUGAAUAUCACUACAAUAAAGGAACUCGCCAAUGCAUUAGCUGCCCAACCCCCUUUUGAAAUCUCUGUAUCAAGUAUCAAAAUUAAGCAUCUUCAUUGUCAGGUCCCAAAGACUGAAAUCUUCUACAGCUUAAAUGCAACUAUUGUUGGCUUGGCCAUCAGUUCUGAAAGUGGUGAAAAUUUAUCUCCUUGUAUUGGCCUAGGAAUUGUGAGAGGUAUUGAUACUUUUAGGAACAUCCUCUACUUAAUUACCCCUGUUCCUCCAGACUCUUUGGAGAAGGUUGAUCUAUUGCUACAGGGGUUUAUCCAAAUUCCCACUUGUUUACUGCAGGUACAAGGAUGCGUUUCACCAUACAUGUCUGCCAAUGUAUUGCCUUCAGAUUAGGAGAUUAAAGAUGCUGUUUGGUUAGUGAAGACAAGCGGUGUACCAUCUCCUCUAUAAUUUAAUUAUGUAGCCAAGUACUUCCCCAACUUUUUAAUGCGACGGCCCUGCAAUUUCUUCAGUCACAAGUAGAGUUCUAAUAUGCCGAGCACAAUCUGAUAUUGCUUCAGUAAACUGCCUGAGACUCCUACUAGACUUUGAAGUUUUUGGCAGUGUUUAAGCUUGGAAAAUUUUAUUUGGGCGUGCUGUAAAUAUGGCUUCAGAAGCUGUUUGAAGCUCUAACCAUUUGGUUCAGAGCACAACUAGUUUAGAAGAUGAUAGAUACUUUCAAUACAAGACUCGAAUCCCCUGGUAUUGAGAAAA